CCUAGAAGACUCAACGACUCUCGUUUACCAAUACGAACAUUGCAAUUCAAAAUACAUGACCACGUGGCUCUAUGUCAUCCUUGGAUACAAAGUCUUGAUCUUAUUGGUUGGCUGCUUUAUUGCUGUAGUAACACGCAAAGUGAAGGCCAGGGCACUAAACGACUCGCAGCUAAUUGGUUCAAGCAUUUACGUCAUCACUGCAUCAGCACUGAUGGGAUUACCAUUGGUGUUCCUGAUUCCAGACAAAAAUGCAGUCGUGGCUGUUUUAUGUUUUGCUCUACUUCUUCCAACUACGAUCUCUUUGUGUAUUAUAUUCAUUCCCAAGAUGUUUAUGAUCAGGAAACACUCUCAAGAACCAAUCCCACUUAAGUCUUUGUCGGUCAUGCGCAAUACGAAUGACAUCAACAUCCAAUCACGAGACUUCUCCGGACGUGACGCUAAUGCGAAAGAAGAUCGCAAGGCUCUACAUAAUACUUCUCUAGAAGCUGAGGAUUUCGAUGGGUACAACGACAGUGUUGCUAGUACACCACAAUCUGCAAGGAAGCAUUUCACCUUACGCUCAAACACGUUUCAAGACUUAUCAGAAARCCCYAAACAACGACCAGGCAACCAGCAUCGUAGAUAUAACACCAUUUCAGUCCCUUCAAAGCAAACUACCUUGAACCCGAGACCAAAACUAGACGACAAUCAUCACAUCGAUCUUAAAGUUGAGAAUGCUAGUCUAAGAAGAAAGCUUCACCACACGAAGAUUACUGAGGCUGGUAAAAUGUGUAAGGUGCUGUACGAAAACGCAGAAUUAAAUAGAAAACUUGUCGAGGUAAGCAUGACACAAAACCAAGACCAUGACAUCACAGACACCGUUUCACGCCUAAUGAAAGAAAACAAUGAGCUGAAAAGACAACUUGGUGAAGUAAGCAUAUUGAACUCUGCCGCGACUGAUACGACUCCUCGCAUGAAAAGAAAAGGAAURGAACACAACAAACGAGAUUUGAAAGAGCUUCAACACUUGUUAGAAGUUGACCUUGGAGGAGGAAGGGCGAGCUCAUUACGAUCCAACAAUAAACGACCUCCUACGAUCGGCCUGUCACAGUCCUCCCUGAACCUUCUAGAUACAAAGGAAACCCGCCAUGACAUAGCAGGAGAUAGUAAUAGCGAAAAAUGUGAAAAGAUUGGCAAUCUGAACAAUAACGAAGAGAAUACAAAAAGUGUCGAAAAUAUUGAAAGCACYGAUAUCCUUUUAAAUCCAAGUAACGAUAAUAAAACAGAAGAAAUAAUGGAAGCUACAACACGAAACGAAAAUAAAGACAUCAAAGAAAACGAGCCAAUAGGAGAGCAAGAUAAUCACGGAUUCCUUGAGGACUCCACAACCGCUGAUCAAAGCUCAGAACAUUCACAUGAACUAGCUUUAGGCAAAAAUUCAGAAUCAAUGACUUUGGAUAAACUGAUGUUUGAUGAAUAUGCGAAAAGCAAAACUAAAGAACUGCUGGAGAAAGGCUCAGUACAUAUCAACCCACCAUUUGACAAUCCAACGUUUGAGGGAGAAAAAGAAGACGUUCGGAAAUCCGAAAACGGGCGGAACCUAUCCGAAAACGKUACRAAGCRCGACUUAAGCGAGUCGAAAGAAACCCGGACUGUUAUCGGCUGUGACGAUAGUGAAGCUAAAAAAUCCUACCAAUCUCCCUCGGUCAUAGAAACGAACAAUUCUGACGAAAAAACUGGUGAAGAAGGAUGUGGUAUUGUCAGAAAACAAAGGAAAUCUAAAAGAGAUAAGAAAACGAAAAUAGAAAAAGUUGAAAAGACKUUUUUUGUAUGAAAUAUGGGAAAUCAAUAUUKCAAUAAAAACAUAUMUAUAAUACAAUCCUGUUAUGCAAUGAUGCUAAAACCUACUCAACAAAAAAAUGCCAGCGGCAAA